AUGCCACAAACAGCACAAGCAACAGCCGACGACACAUCACCGCCGCGCAAGGCGUCUCCUGAGCCUUUGGACGUCAAGAAGCCUGGACUCUUCUCACGACGACGGAUCUUGGGACCUGUCGACAAGGAAUAUGGAGACGCCGCGUUGUUGGUGCACUCAUUUGUGACGGGUCUGAUCGAUGCGGCCUCGUUCGCCAAUUGGGGUGUCUUUGUGGGGAUGCAGACUGGCAACACUGUGAUUCUAGGUCUGUCAACUGCUGGACUCCCAGAUAACCCUCACGCCUGGACAACCACCCUGGUCUCUCUUGCCUCCUUCCUCUUGGGCGCCUUCCUCACCUUCCGGAGUACUUCGCUCGUCUCCCCCAAAGGCAUUACCAACAACCGUCUCUGGCUCACCACGAUCCUCCUUGUCCAAGCUCUCCUCGUCAUCAUCUCGGCCGCCAUCGUCAGCGCCAACCUCAUCCCUCACAAUCGCCCUGGCUACCCCGACGACGAACACAAAGCAGGCGUCAUCAACAACAUUCUCAUCGUCAGCUUAUUCCCUCCUCUGGGUUUCCAGUCUGGCAUGCAGAUUGCUACUAGUCGCUUGUUGGGCUAUAACGAGUUGCCGGUCAAUGUGUUGACGAGUACUUAUUGCGAUUUGAUGGGUGAUGCUAAGCUGUUCGCAUUACAUAACGUCAAGAGAAACAGGAGAGCGGCGGCUGUGGUGCUACUUUUCGCCGGAGCUGUCAUCAGUGGAUGGCUUAUGCGCAGUCAGGGUGGUUUGCAGAGUGUGUUGUGGGUUGCUGCUGGGAUCAAGCUAUUGGUUGCUCUGCUUACACUUACUGUCCAUCCUGGCAAGACAGAGUAG